UCUACAUGAGGUUAAAACUAACAGAGUGUUUUAUUUAAUCGACUAGUAAACUCUACAUGAGGUUAAAACUAACAGAGUGUUUUAUUUAAUCGACUAGUAAGCUCAACAUGAGGUUAAAACUAACAGAGUGUUUUAUUUAAUCGACUAGUAAGCUCAACGUGAGGUUAAAACUAACAAAGUAUUAUUUAAUCAACUUGUAAUUUUAACAUAUAUAUUUCUUUCAAAAUAGUAACUAAUGUAAAUAAAAAAUUUAUUAAUUACCGAGGGCUCGAAGACCAUUUUUAUAAAAUAUAAAUUCUCAAGAGAUUCAUCUGUUCCUUUAAAACGAGUAGAUACGUUCAGUGACCAGCAAGUUAAUUCUGCUAAGAAUAAAAACUAAGUUGGUGUUGAAUUUGAACUUACAAAAUAGAACUUUUUGUAUUGUAAGACACACUCAAACACAUACAUAUAAAUCAACUUGAGUACAUGUAAAGUCUUAACUCUCAAAUUACUGUCCUGUUUUAUAUCGUUCACUAUGGGUGGGGGUCCAUAUUUUAAAUGAUAUUAAACAAAUUUAACACUUUGAGUAAAGAAAUGACAACGAAAGAGUUAUUUUUCCAGGUAAAAUAAGUAAUAUUAAUUAGCAGGACUGAAUGCGAUGUUGAAGGUAGUUUUCUUUCAAUUUAUGCGUGUGAUCCACCUGUUUUAAGGAUCCUGUAACCAAGAAAUGCUGUUUGAAUAAGUCCGUAAAUAAAAAUAUAUUUUUAGUAGUCUCUUUACCUUGCUUUCAUGUCAUAGAAUUUAUAAACAAAUUUUUAGUAUAUUUCAAAUCUUUUUAGUAUAUUUCACUAAGUAAUUUGGUGUCAAAUCUGUUUCUUGCAUGCUGCUGAGAUAGAAAAUAAAGACCGAAUUAGCCUUGAUGCAUGACGCCAUCAAGCUUCUCGCCGUCACUCUUCAACACAUCAACCGCAGAGGACAAGAUAUCGACUUCCCUGUCGUCUCGUGCGAAACAGAACAACCUUGGCCACAAGGACAUUACUUUGUGAGCUACAUGAGGAUGAUUACCACCAGGGGCUUAACUGGAGAAAUAAAGUUUGACAAGUACGGAUUUCGUUCCGACUUUAAUCUGAAGCUGAAUGAACUUACUCAAGAAGGACUACGUCACGCUGGAGAUUGGAAUACUGUCAUGGGAAUCAGCAUCACUGGAAAUAUGUCCAAAGCUUUCGCAGAAGUUAAAGCCUCUCUGAAGAAUAGAACCCUUACUGUUACAUCUCUGAUGAAUCCCCCCUACGUUUCGCUGACAGAAGACACUUUGAAGGGUAACGAUCGUUAUCAAGGCUACUGUGUAGACCUCAUUGAAGAGAUCUCGAAAGAACUCGGGUUCAAGUACAAGUUCAGAGAAGUGAGUGACCACACCUACGGCAAGAAGAACCAGUGGGGGGAGUGGAACGGCAUGAUCCAAGAGCUGAUUGAAGGGAAAGCAGAUCUGGCGGUCGGAGACUUAACGGUGACCUACGAGCGGGAAAGUGCUGUCGACUUUACCAUGCCAUUUAUGAACUUGGGAAUAAGCAUUCUUUUCAAGAAACCCACAAAGAAAAUUCCCAUGUUAUUCUCGUUCCUUUCCCCGCUGUCCCUGGAGGUUUGGGUUUACAUGGUUACCGCAUUUCUUGGAGUUAGUCUCUUUCUUUUUAUCGUAGCCAGGUUCAGUCCAUACGAGUGGACAAACCCUCACCCCUGUGACCCGAACCCUGAUACUCUGGAGAACCAGUUCACUCUUCUUAACACUUUGUGGUUUACUGUCGGUAGUCUCUUGAUGCAAGGGUGUGAAGUAAAUCCCAGGGCUAUGUCUACGAGAGUAGUUUCUGGAAUCUGGUGGUUCUUUACCCUCAUCAUGGUGUCCUCGUACACAGCUAAUCUUGCAGCGUUCCUGACUGCACAGCGUCUGUCUUCACCAAUAGAGAGCGCUGAAGAUCUAGCUAAGCAAACGUCCAUUCAAUAUGGCUGCCUACAGUCAGGGUCAACGCAGGAGUUUUUCAAGGAAUCAGAUAUCUCGACAUUCAAACGGAUGUGGAAUUUCAUGGAGUCAGCGCGCCCUAGCGUCUUUGUCGAGUCCAACUUUAAAGCUGUGGAACGAGUUAAAAAGGGAAACUUUGCUUUUCUAAUGGAAUCUACCAGUAUUGAGUAUAUAGUAGAAAGAAACUGUGAUCUUAUGCAAAUCGGUGGACUUCUAGAUUCUAAAGGUUAUGGGAUUGCAACGCCCCCUGGUUCUCCGUAUCGGACGCUAUUAUCAAGUACCAUUCUCAAACUCCAAGAAAGUGGUACCUUACAAAUGCUGAAACAGAGAUGGUGGAAAAACAAAGGGAAAAACUGUACUCUCGAGGUGACAAGUCAAUCCGUUUCAGCUAGUGAACUUGGGUUGGACAAUGUAGGGGGCGUCUUUUUAUUGCUGUUCAUUGGUUUAUGUGUAGCGUGUGUAAUAGUUAUUUUGGAAUUUAUCUGGAAAUUACGGAGAGUCCCUAUUGAAGAAAGGGAACCGCUAUGUUUGGAACUUUGCAAUGAGCUGAAGUUUGCAAUUAUGUGCAAAGGCGAUACUAAGCCCAUCAGGAAUGAACCAGUGCUGCCCUCUAACAACUUGUCGCUUAUACAGUUCAGCAGUAUUGGAAAUAUCGAUUCCAAAGAUGUCGUCUCCUGACAACAAUAUCCCGGAGUGGUGACUGAACCCCUUGAAGACACUGGUGACAACUAUUUAUGGACGAAUUCAAACAGCAAGGGCUAGCUAAGCUUCUCCAAGUGGCGGCCAUACUGAUAAUACUUCCGAUUGUUAGUUGACCCGGUAGUGUAGGAUCUCAUGAGUUUGUGGAACUUUGGACACUACUACGUGCGUGGCUGAUGAUAUGUAGUGUUCUAAUUUUUCUGGACGUUUUUUCUUGUAUCGUAAAGGACUUGUAAGCAGACAUUUGAUUGAACUGUAAAUAGUAAAAGUAGGACCUAUUAUUUCGAGAACCCAGUUAAACUGGCAGUACUGAAGUUUCUAAUGUCUUGUUUAGCCUCGCUUAGUUAACGCUCUUCUAAGCCUCUUCUGGACUCGCUAAUUUUUUCUUUUGUUAAGGAUAAUAACAAAAUCUUCUCGAUUUUUUACUGUUUCACGUUUCUUUCUUCUCUCUGAUAAUCUAAACAUUUCAAUAUAAUGCAUAUUUUUUCUCCAUAAUUCAAUUGUAGUUUUGUAGAGCCCGAUAUAUAGGUGUUCCUUCUAUCUCUGAUCUUGUUAAACUGAUGUUUUAUAGGAAUUAUUUAUUUUGCCGAUAGUGGCUCCACCUAACAUGGAGUUGGCUUACUUUAGGAAAAUCGUUCCAUUUGGACUUACCUCAAUUUUAUCUUAAUUAGCAAAUAUCUGAAUUAACGAGAAGUGGUUGGUGAUUCUUAAGCUAAAACCAUCUUCAAUUUGUAACUCUGAAUCGUUUUUCGAGAUAAAAAACUGUUUGCACGAAUCGAACAAACUGUUUCAUUCAAUGAGAUGUAAACACAUCAGCUGGUUGAGUGAAUUGCUUGUCAUUUCUUAUGGAUGUUUACAACUAGAGAGCCAGUUGAACUGUUGUUUUAACUGUAGGAUAACAUUCUGUUUCUCGAACAUUACCUGUUGUACAUUAUUAUCUUGUAGACGAUUGGUUGUUUGUUUAUGAGUGUUUUGUUAACUAUUUAUACAGUCUUUCUUAAGGUUUCUGUAGAAUUAAACUGUAAUUUUUUUCAAACAGCCAAUAAACGUACCGUCUUAUAUAUUAUAAUGUGAUUGUUACAUAUGUCUCAGCUACGUUACUAGGUGCGCAUGCUCGUACUUGUAAAAAAACUUCGAAAACGAUUAUAUUUGCUGGUAGCAUUGGAUUGUCUCCAGUUUUAUCCAAGAGGUCAGUGCAAGAUGCACGCGAAAUGAGUAUUGUGUAGAUUUGAUGUAAAGGAACGAUCUUUUUCUGUCCACAGAUU